AUGCCCUCCUACGUUAUCGUCGGCGCCUCGCGAGGUAUAGGCCUCGAGUUCGUGAACACGCUGAGCAAAAGCAAAGACAACGUCGUCUUCGGCAUCGUCCGUUCUCCGGAAACCGUCGCUGCGCUCAACGCCCUCGCUGCCGCCCAGCCGAACGUGCACGUCGUGAAGGGCGACUACACGGACGUAGCCAGCCUUACGGCGGCGGCGGACGCGGUCGGAAAGGUCACUGGGGGCACGCUCGACGUGCUCAUCAACAGCGGCGCGAUCCAGUUCUGCGCGAACACGUUCUCCAAGAUCACCGAGUACCCGAGCCCCGCCGCGCUCGACGCGGACUUCCUCAUGGGCCUCCAGGCGAACGCGCUCGGGCCCGCGCACGCGACGAACGCGUUCCUCCCGCUCCUCCGCGCCGGGCCCACGAAGAAGGUGGCGGCGCUGACGUCGCCGACGUCGGACGCGGCGCUCGUCGCGCGCUCGGGCUUCGGGCUGAACUGCUUCUACAAGGCGGCGAAGGCGGCGCUGAACGUGGUCAUGGCCGACUUCGCGGUCGCGCUGCGCGAGGAGGGCUUCGCGGUCGUCGCGAUCAGCCCUGGGGUCGUGAACACGUUCACGCCGAACCCUGACGACGAGCCGCCGGAGGGGUUGAAGGGCGUGUGUGCGCUGUUCAAGAAGUACGCGCCGGAGUGGGACGGGAGGAUCAUGAAGCCGGCGGAGUCGGUGAGGUGCAUGCUAGAGGUAAUUGACAGGCUCACGCCCGAGGACAGCGGGGCAACUUUGGGGCACCAUGGAAAGAAGGAGUGGCUGGCGUGA